AUUUAAUUGUCACCCGUGCCGACAUUUCGACCCCCAAGUCAAAAUUCCAGUAGACCAUGCCAAACCCCGCCGCCCUCCUGCUGCUCUCCCUCUCCCUCCACUUCUCCCUCUGCAAGGACCCAAAUGUCCUCCAGCUCACCGACACGAACUUCUCCCACCGCCUCAAGCAGAACCCAGUCUUGCUCGUCGCCUUCUUCAUCCCCUGGUGCGGCCCGUGCCAAAAAAUGCGCCCCCAGUACUCCCGAGCCGCUAACAUCCUCAAAGGCUACAACCUCCCCGUAGCUCUAGGCAAACUGGACUGCUCCGGUUUAGGAAAACGGACCUGCGAGCAGAAACAAAUCGGGCACCAUUUUCCCGUCAUCCAUCUCUACCGCAACGGGAGCUUCGUCAAAGAGUACACCAACACUAAAGACUGUUUUGGGUUCGUCAAGUUCAUGAGGGUGCAAAUUUUGCCUAGUGCGGUGGAGCUGAAGAGUGUCGACGAGUUCAAGAAGUUCAUCAAGGGGCAAGAGGACGUGGUGGUGGUGGGGUUCUUUGAAGAGGAGUCUCGUUUGAGGAAGAUGUUUUUCAAGGUGGCGGAGAAGAUGAAAGAGAGGAUUUUUUUUGCGUAUACUAGGUGUGAGAAGGUGUUGUUGAGGGAAGGGGUGAACAAUGGGAUUGUGUUGUUCAGACCGGAGAUUACACACUGUAGGUACGAAGAAGAGAGGGUGCUGUUUACCGGGAGGGUGGUCAUUGGCGAGAUUAAGAAUUUCAUUAUCAAAAAUUACUACGGGCUGGUUGGGUGCCGGAGCCCUGCUAACAUCAUCCACUUCCCGAACCCUCUGAUAAUUCUUUACUACACUGUGGACUACAACAGCAGUGGCAAAGAACCAGGCUACUGGAGGCUGAGGAUGCUCAAAGUCGCACACAAAUAUCAAAAAUACGUGAAGUUCGUCACCAGUGCCAAAGACGACUUUGAAGAAGAGCUCGUUGACUACCCCGUGGAGUACGGCAAUCUCAUGCGCCCCUUCGUCUUAGCCAAGGAUCUAGAAAACAAAAAAUAUAUCAUGACGGAGGAAUUCACUUCGGAAAACUUCGAUCGGUUUGUGGACGACUUCGUCCACCAUCGGUUGGAGCAGUACCACAAAAGCAAACCUGUACCAUUCGAAGGCGAUGGUGUCACGGUUAUGGCUUCAACUAGCAAUUUCAACAACACGGUGACCAACAAUGGUAAAGACACUCUGUUGCAUUUUUACGACCCUGGGAAUCACACUUCUCGACUAGUCGCUAUGGUUUUGAGAGAAGCGGCGCAUUUGCUUCUUGAGGAAGAUGUAGUGGUCGUUACGAUGGAUAUCGGAGAGCACGAAAUUCCCCCAAUUUUUCCGGAAGAUAAAGUGGAGAGUUUGUAUUGGUUGCCGAAGGACGAUAAGGAAAAUCCGAUUUUGUAUACGGGACGAAAGGAAGUGGAAGAUGUGAUUCAGUUUGUGGCGGAAAAGGCUACGACGAAAUUGAAGAACUACGACAGGGAUGGGAAUCCCACACAUGUGAAGGAUGAGUUGUAGGUGAUUGCGUAGGGUUAUCACUCUAGAUGUAUAAAGUGUGUGGUUAUUUUGAGCGACUGUUUUAUUAUUAGUGGUAAUUUGAGACAAUCUUGGAGGCCCC